AUGAUGUGCAAGCAGUCACGUAACCAGCACCUUCGUGUGCAGUCAGUCAGGCCCAGGGUUCUUACGAUAUUUUCUGCAUCAAAUUACUACGAGCUUGGUAGCAAUCGGGGCGCUUAUGUGAAAUUCAUCGGACGGAACAAGGAGCCGCAUUUCGUUCAGUACAUGGCAUCGAAAACCCACAGGAAAAGCACGAUGCGUGAGAGGUUGAGCCUCGUUGAAGAGUCGGCUGUGCGUGAACUCAGAGAGAAGCUCGUCUCGUUCAACAACAGGCUCCAGAAAGAGUUCGAGCAGUAUGAUCCACUCCAAAAAGGUGGUCUGUAG